GCAUAUUAGCAUGCCUAGCAUGGGCGCAUAUUGGCCUGUCGUGGUUGAUCCUAAGCAUUACGCAGAACGUAAAUAGAAAUUCGCAAAACUACUGUUAAAUAAAUGUUCACUAAUUGAAUAAUUAUUAUUGUUUUUAAAUUGUCUAAUAAAAUUGCUAAUUUGAAGUAUGCCGUUCAUGAAAGGAGCUGCUCCAAUACGGAGAACUAUACAAUAUUUGGAAGCUGGUAAGAUAGUAUUCAAAGACCGAAUUAAAAUUGUUUCAAUUCACUACAACACAUUGGGUGAAAAUCAUCGUGGCACACGAGAUUUUGUAUUUUGGCACCUCCCUCAAAUUCAAUAUAAAAAUCCUGAUGUUCAAGUGAUGACUCUUAAAAAUAUGACACCAACGCCAUUCAUAAGAUGUUUCAUGAGUGAUGGUAAAGAUGUGUUGAUUGAUGUUGAUAAUCGUGACAAAGAUCGAAUUCAUGACCAUGUUUUACAAGUUCUUGGAAAACCAAAAGAAACACUCGACAUGGAGGCCAUGGCUAAAGAAAAAAAAGAUAAUAUUGCCAAUUUUGGAUAUAUGUGUGAAAAACAUUGUAUUUGUGAAAUUUUUGGACAAGUUCCGUGUCCAGCAGUUGUGCCAUUGCCCAAAUCAUGGAGGGGCAAAUAUAAAAAUGAAGAAUUGUAGUUUGUAACGCUCAGUUUUAUGUAAAUAUUUUUUUUCAGUUUAUUUUAAGGUUAAUAGUCACAAUAAAAUGGAAUUCUUCUCAUAAACUGUUUAAUUCAUACUUUUAUCAUUUUCCAAAUAUUUGGAAAGUCUGUUUUUAAAUUUAUGGGUUAUAACUUAGUAAAAUCAUAAUUUUUUUAUACUUCUGUUUUCUAAACAGUCAAUUUAAAUUAUUUGAGUGUUUGCGUUGGGAAUAUAUAGCGCAUAAGUUAUAAGUGUUAUACAAUCCUUAUAAUUUACUUAAAUUUUAUAGUAAAAUUGGGACUCCGAUUGGGACUGUCUUCAUUAGGUACUUAAAUCAAUCUAUACUUUUAAAUAAAAUGUAUUAACAGUAAUGAACAAUAUUUUGAUAUGAUAGCUAUUAAUUAUAGUAACUAACUAAUACAUUUUUUAGUAUAGCCUAGUAAAAAUGUUAUGUCUAAUUUGCUAAACUGCUGAAUCAGAUUAAUUAUAACUAACUACUUAUAAAUCCAGUUCAGUAAUUGCACCUUACAUGUACAUAUGCACAAUAUAAUAUAAGAACCUUAUAUGUUGUGUCGCAUUAAAACAUUUCUUGGGAAUCUACUAAAAUAAAGCAAAAUAUUACACUA